UGACAUUCCAAAGAUUUUUACUUUCUAUAAUUAUUAUUAGUUGGUUAGCCAUUUACGUUUCGCUCUGUUUUGCAACCAGAUAUCCCAAAUUUUGAAUUCGACAGACAUUUGUUUGCCAAUUCAAUCGAACACGUCUAAAAUUAGAUAUCCGUUUAUUCAGCCACUAUGAGCGAGGAUUAUCUGUAUUUUUCGAAUGAAAAACUCCAAAAUUUCAUUCAAUCGGCCAAAAACCAAGACGAAGGUGUAUUAGAAUAUUUGAAGAACGUAAAAUACGCCCCGAUUUCGGACUUCCCUUCAGGUUUAGAAUGGUUUAAUGUAACUGAACCGCUUUCAUUUACGAAACAUCUCAAAGGGAAAGUGGUAGUAUUAGAUUUCUUCACGUAUUGUUGUAUUAAUUGUCUUCACGUCCUUCCCGAUUUGAAAGAAAUAGAAGAUACGUUUUCCGUAGAAGAGGGCUUAGUUGUGGUAGGAGUCCACAGCGCUAAAUUCGAGAAUGAGAAAAUAUCAUCAAACGUACUGGCUGCUGUUCAACGUAACAACAUAUCCCACCCCGUAGUGAACGAUUCCGGCUCGGAAAUGUGGAAAAACUGCGACGUCCAUUGCUGGCCUACUCUGUUGCUCCUGGGCCCCAACAGCAACCCCAUCGUCAUGCUAACUGGAGAGGGCCACAAAAAUGAUCUAAUUUUGUACAUUCGUAACGCAAUCAAAUUCUACAAGGAGCAAGGCUUGAUCUCCGAUCAUAAACUACCGAUUAGGAGCGCGUACCAUCUACUGCCCGACAUGAAAGGCCCUCUGCUGUUCCCCGGGAAAAUUGCCAACGUUUUGGAUGUUAAUAACAACUGCGAGAUCUUGGCGGUGUCCGAUACGGGGAAUAACAGGAUUUUGAUUGUAAAAAGCGAUGGGGGAAUUUUACAGCAAAUCGGGGGUAAACGAGUCGGUUUUAAAGAUGGUAGUAUCGAAGACGCCGAAUUUAAUAAUCCCCAAGGAUUGGUAUUCCAAAAUAGAGAUAUUCUGUAUGUAGCCGAUACUGAAAAUCACGCUAUAAGGAAGGUCGAUUUGAAGAAUAAAACCGUCGUUACUGUAGCAGGUACAGGGAAACAAGGAGAAGAUCAUGUGGGUGGUAAAAUUGGAACCAAUCAAGCAAUAUCAUCACCAUGGGAUAUUUGCAUCUUUCGUACGCCCGAUAUGGAUCUUACAUUCCACCCCGAUGGAAAUCCGCCCAUAAGAGACAUUCUUAUCAUAGCUAUGGCUGGUACACAUCAAAUUUGGGCGCUGUUUUUGGAAGACACCGUAUGGUGGAAAUGCAAAAAGCAUCCAGCUGGUACUUGUAUAAAUAUAGCAGGCUCCGGUCGAGAAGAAAACCGAAAUAACUUGUACCCCCAUGCAGCAGCGUUCGCUCAACCAUCGGGUUUAGCGCUUUGCCAGAAGAACAAGGAAAUAUUUAUAGCUGAUAGCGAGAGUUCCAGCGUAAGGAAGCUUUCUUUAGUCGAUGGAAAGGUCACUCCGGUGGUCGGAGGAGAUAGAAACCCGCAGAACUUAUUUGCUUUCGGUGACAAGGACGGUUGUCUCUACGAUGCAAAACUGCAACAUCUGCUCGGUCUGGCACCCGCCGGUGAUGAAAAAACGCUUUUUGUGGCCGAUACUUACAAUCACAAGCUGAAAAAAAUCAAUUUAUCUGAGAACUCGAUCGUUUCCUUAACGUUACCGGCAGGGGACUGCCCCGAUGGCGCUUCGACGGGUUUCAGGGAACCGUCCGGUAUAUGCGUUAGCGUGGAUAACAAGAAGCUCUAUGUGACAGACACCAAUAAUCACCAAAUCAAAGUAGUUCAUUUAAACAGCAAGCAAAGCAUUGUGAAGAUCGAGAAGCUCGAUCUGAAAAUGUCGAACGAGGACAACAACGUGGACGAAUCGAAGUACGAUGUACUGAUGCAGAAGCCUGUAAACAUCAACGAGAACGGUGGAAAAGUUAUCCUGACGAUUAAGCUGGCUUUUGAGAACGGUUUGGGGCUAACAGAAGGCGCUCCUCAACAUUGGAUGGUGAAUUUGAGGGAUGUCACUUGGUCCGCUGUUCCGAAAAGCGGAUCGGAUCUCAAUAAAAUCGAAACUGUGAUUAGCAUUUCCAAGAGCAGCGCCUCGGAAGCAAACAACUUGGAUUUCCUGCUUAAUUUAGUUACCUGUACUGCUGAUAGUUGUUUGCCGAGAAAUCUUAUCGUUAGGAUACCCGUAAAGUUUAAGAAGAAUGGUGAUAUAAAGAUUAGUGAGAAAAUUGACUUAAUAUUAAGGCCUGAAGGGGUGCAAAGAAUUUAAAAGGGCGUUUAGAUUCCAGUAAGAUUUGAUUAAUCGGAAUCUUAUUUUUGUAUUUGAUAAAUAUUUGCAAUUUCAAGAAAUUAUAUUUUAACGUUACCAGUGAAAUAAUGCAAUUUGUAAAAAAAUACUUCUAAUUACGGGAAUUUUUGUACUAAGGUGAAUUAUUUUGUUUAAUGUAAGGGUUAAAAUUUCUAUUUGCCGAUUCUAACAUUGUUUUUCUGAAUUGACU